CUCCGAAGCCACCGAUUGAUUGGUGAACUCGGGAGCUUUCUUCCGGAAAGGCCCCGGAGGCAGGAACUUGGGAAGGGAAUCGGGGCUCUGUACGGGACUGGGAGGGGCUUGUACCUGAGCCCCGGGGUCCCCAUCCGCUGAGGAGAUGGAUGAGGAUGGGCUUCCUCUCAUGGGGUCAGGCAUAGACCUGACCAAGGUGCCAGCCAUUCAGCAGAAAAGAACCGUGGCCUUUCUAAACCAGUUUGUGGUGCACACGGUGCAGUUUCUCAACCGGUUUUCCACAGUUUGUGAGGAGAAACUGGCAGACCUUUCUCUUCGUAUUCAACAAAUUGAAACGACUCUCAAUAUUUUAGAUGCAAAGCUGUCAUCUAUCCCAGGCCUAGAGGAUGUCACCGUUGAAGUGUCUCCUUUAAGUGUCACUGCCGUCCCGAGCGGAUCACAUUCUGAAAGCCCUCCAGAGCAGCCACAGCAGGACAGCACACAAGACUCUGGACCACAGGAAAGUGAAGUUUCUUCAGAAAAUAUCGUAACUGUAGCCAAGGACCCAAGAUACGCCAGAUACCUCAAGAUGGUUCAAGUGGGUGUUCCAGUGAUGGCAAUCAGAAACAAAAUGAUAUCAGAAGGGCUGGACCCAGAGCUUCUUGAGAAGCCAGAUGCUCCAGUGCCUAAUGGUGCAAGUGAAAAGGCCAUAGAAGAAAGUUCAGACAGUGAAUCUUCCUUCAGUGACUAAGUUGAAUGGUGAUGAGAAUUACAUAGAUAUGUUUACAUUCUGUGGAAGAGCCUAAACUCUAGCUCUUAGUGAUAAAACCAUCAAAUGGCCACAUACCCACCCCAUCCUUCUUUUGUUUAAGAAUAAAAAUAAAGCAUUUAUAACCUUCCAA